AGGGUUCGUGUUACCCACAAGACACAAAAAGGUGUGGCCACAAAAAUUCGCAAAUUUGGAAAAUCAAAUUCAACACCAUAACCACACCAAACCGAAAUCCACCAACCCCAAGCUGCAGAAAAUUCUCAAACUCAAACAUCAUCCAUGGCGUCGCUUCUGGCCAACGGCGUCUCCACCUUAUCCCCUCAACCCACCUGCGAUUCUAAGCUCUCAAAAUCCCUUCUUCCUCACCCAACAACAAAGCUCGAGUUCCCAAAGCCCCGACCCCACAACAAACCCUCGCGGCUCUUCAAGGUUCGCGCCGAUGUCAGUUACGACAACAUCAACCCUUCCACCACUCUCCCAACAACCUCCGACGAGAAAAUCCGUGAAAUUCUCCGAAACCGCGACUACGAUAAGAAGUUCGGUUUCACCGUUGACAUCGACUCUUUCUCCAUCCCUAAAGGCCUCAACAAGGACACGAUCCGAUUAAUCUCCACCUUAAAGGAGGAACCAGAUUGGAUGCUCGAGUUCCGCCUCAACGCGUAUGAAAAUUUCCUGAAAAUGAAAGAGCCUAAUUGGUCCGACAACGUUUACCCUCCAAUCAACUUCCAAGAAAUUUGUUACUAUUCCGCACCAAAGAAGAAACCAACUCUCGGCAGCCUCGACGAGGCGGACCCCGAGCUUCUCCGAUACUUCGACAAGCUCGGGGUUCCGCUCAACGAGCAGAACCGCCUUGCCAACGUGGCGGUCGAUGCAGUUCUUGACAGCGUGUCGAUCGCCACGACUCACAGGAAGACUCUGGAGAAGGCUGGAGUCAUAUUCUGUUCCAUUUCGGAGGCUAUUAGGGAGUACCCUGAUUUAGUUAGGAAAUAUUUAGGGAGGGUAGUGCCAAACGAGGAUAACUAUUAUGCUGCUUUGAAUUCUGCUGUUUUUAGUGAUGGAUCUUUUUGUUAUAUUCCGAAAGAUACUAAGUGUCCUAUGCAGAUUUCGACUUAUUUUCGGAUCAACGCGAUGGAGACAGGGCAGUUUGAGAGGACUCUGAUUGUUGCUGAUGAUAGAAGCUUUGUGGAGUAUUUGGAGGGGUGUACUGCGCCUUCUUAUGAUACUAACCAGCUUCAUGCUGCUGUGGUGGAGUUGUAUUGCUGCGAAGGCGCCGAGAUUAAGUACUCCACGGUGCAGAAUUGGUAUGCAGGGGAUGAGGAAGGGAGAGGUGGGAUAUACAAUUUCGUGACGAAGAGAGGGCUGUGUGCCGGCGCAAGGUCGAAGAUAUCGUGGACGCAGGUUGAGACGGGGUCUGCCAUUACUUGGAAGUAUCCAAGUGUUGUUUUGGAAGGGGAUGAUAGUGUUGGAGAGUUUUAUUCUGUUGCUUUGACCAAUAAUCACCAGCAGGCGGAUACCGGGACAAAGAUGAUACACAAGGGGAAGAAUACGAGGAGCAGGAUUAUUUCUAAGGGGAUUUCUGUUGGACAUUCAAGGAACUGUUACAGAGGGCUUGUUCAGGUUCAGUCUAAGGCGGAGAAUGCUCGAAACUCGUCGCAGUGUGACUCAAUGCUUAUUGGCGAUACUGCAGCAGCCAAUACUUAUCCUUACAUCCAGGUUAAAAACCCUACUGCAAGAAUUGAACAUGAGGCUAGCACGUCCAAAAUUGGAGAAGAUCAAUUAUUUUACUUUCAGCAAAGGGGGAUAGACUACGAAAAGGCCAUGGCUGCUAUGAUCUCUGGAUUUUGCCGUGAUGUCUUCAAUGAGCUUCCAGAUGAAUUCGGUUCUGAGGUGAACCAACUCAUGAGCUUGAAGCUUGAGGGUUCAGUAGGUUAAUACAGCUUUUUCAUGCAUUCUACAGAUUGUGGAACUCCUCAGAAUAUAGUUUUGUAGAAAUGAUGUAUAUAGAUUUAGUGUAUGCCAAAAAAGAGUUUCAAAAUGUUGUCAUCUUAUCACCUUCAAUAAAACUGUUACCCUUUUACUCUUUUUUUGUGUUUCUUACAAUAUUUCCCAUCCUAGUAGGACAAGGACUAAUUCGUCGUGAAUUAGAUUCAUUAGUGAUUAGCCUUCUCUUGUCAAUAUUACCCUUUUACUCUAUUUAAUUAUUUAUCUCUAUUGUUGAUC